CCCCGCGCCGGCGGGGGCUGCCGGGAGCCAAGAUGGAGUCGGCGAGCAGAGCGGGGCAGGAGAUUAGCCUGGCGGCCCUCAAGCAGCACGACCCCUACAUCACCAGCAUCGCCGACGUGACCGGCCAGGUAGCGCUCUACAGCUUCAGCCCCAAGGCCAACGAGUGGGAGAAAACUGACAUAGAAGGGACUUUAUUUGUGUACAAAAGGUCAGCUUCUCCUUAUCAUGGUUUUACAAUAGUGAAUCGACUGAACAUGCACAAUCUUGUUGAACCAGUAAAUAAAGAUCUGGAAUUUCAGCUCCAUGAACCGUUUCUUCUCUACAGAAAUGCUAGCUUGUCAAUUUACAGUAUCUGGUUUUACGACAAGAACGACUGUCAUCGAAUAGCGAAACUCAUGGCUGAAGUGGUAGAACAAGAAGCUCAGAGAUCGCAGCAAGUUUCCCAGGACAGGAAAAGUCCCAGCAGAACCAAUGGCUGCAAUGAAAACAGACCCAUUGAUAUCCUGGAAAUGCUUAGUAAAGCCAAGGAUGAAUAUGAACGAGUAAGGAAGCAUCAUGGUUUGAAUCAGAUCAGUGACUUGAGUAUUAUAUCGAGUUCUGGAAUGCAGCAAAAUGCAAAUCCUCUGAAGCCAGAAAGCACAGAGCCUUCAGAAGAAAAAACUUUAUUACAAGUGCAAGAGCAGCCAUUUCAGUCAAGGCAGAAGCAUCUGACUUUGGAGGAACUAUUUGGAACCUCUGUACCAAAGGAACAGCCCACAGCUCCGUAUCCCAAUCCAGAGAGAAUGGACAAGUUGCAGACUGACACUUCUGCCAGAGAGCAGCACAAUUUGCUCUUGCCUUUUUCUUUCGACCAGUCAGCAGUAAUACAACAAUCGCUAGGGAAACCUGAAAGUCCCAGCAUUAAAACCAGUGCCAAUCCUUUGAAUCAGCAGGAAUGUAUGACACCUAUGCUAAUACCUCCAGCUUCAGUUUCCCAGCCUGAUGUAAAAAAUGUUUCAAGCUGUUCAGUUCGUUUAAGCCCUGUUCUUAAUUCAGCCUCGACAAUGGAAGCUGCCGCUGCUCAGAUGCUUCCUGGCCUAAAAAAAGCCAGUCUAAUGCAGGUUAUGCAGCAAGCUGCCAAGCAGAUAUCCCCUCUAGUGAAUCAGCCACCAUCUGAAGUGAACCAUGCUCCACAAAAUCUGAUGUCUGGCCAAAGCCAGCUUAUAGCACCCUUGACAUCCGCAACUACAGGAACUGUCUCAAAUACAUCCCAUACAAGUGUUGAUCUUCUCCAGAAGCUCAGGUUGACUCCACAACAUGACCAAAUGCAACAGUCUCUUGCUAAGACUUCCUUAACACCAAACAUCUCUGCCUCAGUUGGCCAACUUGCAACACCAGAAAGCUUCAAAGAAUCUCACAGUAAGCCAUCAGCCUUGAACAGCAAGAUAUUAUCCCCCCUUCAGACUGUACAACAGAACAGGGAAUCAGAAGUAUUUCCACAGCCAAAGACUUUGUCUAAAACAAAUCAAGUUGCACCUCCACCGUUUGUUACAGCCACAACUACAGUAACGCCUUCAAUCCUCUUGUCUCCUAGUGUUUUUCAGCAAUCAGCUACAAAAACUACUGAAAUGGAGAAUAAAACAAACUCUUCUUCACCUUUAACACUUGGAACAACAGAAAUUCAGACUAUACCUCCUACUGUUCUCAGUAGGUCUCAGCUGCAAGAAGCACUGAUACAUCUAAUAAAGAAUGAUUCCCGUUUUCUCAGCACUAUUCAUGAAGUCUACUUGCAAGUCCUAACCAAGAACACAGACAACAUUAAGCUAUAACUGAAUCUAAAUCUACUUAAAAUAUAUUCAUUUUAAAAAUAAUUAUGCCUCAUCUAUAAAACUAAUAUUUUUGUAAAAGAAUAUUUAGUUUUCAAUGUCUUGAAUUUGAACCUGUUAGGAAAGACUUUUCCUUAAAUAUUAUGAAAGUAAUGUUCUCAAAAGUGAUCUAGGUUUUCACUGUGAUCAUCACCAGCAAACCUUUGUUUUUACUGGGGAGGGUACUUGAGUUGCAUUUGAGCUCUCAUGAGCAUUAAGUGAAUUUGAAAAUGUUUGCUCUGGCUUAGAUUUCCAGCUGUAUUCACUCUUCAAGGAUUACAGACUCAAUACUAUUUAAACCAGCAAGUAUGUGGAGUACAGUACACUAUACCACUCCAGAAGCAAAAUUUGGUUGUGGGAACCUAGUUCCAGUUUGAAGGACUGAGGGAAAGGAGAGUAAAAUUCCUUGUGAUUAAGUUGGCAGAUGUGGGGCAGGAACAGAUCUGGAAGCCAGGCCUUUGGAGCUAAAUCUUUAACAAAAGGUUUAAAAAUGUGAUUUGACCAAUACAUUGACAGUCUGUAGCUAAUGCACAUAAAUUCAUCUUUCAAUGAGUCCAUUAAUCUUACUUGCUUCUGCAUCGCUGCCAUGUAUCCACAUACAUGCCACAGGUAUCCAAGUGCGUAAGGCCAUUUUCUCUAAAUAAGCAAAAUUUGAAAUAUGCAAGUUCCUCAGUGAUUGUAUUUUUUUUCUUUAGGCACACAAGAGUUUUGUUGCCUGUUAAAGUUCACUUCUUUUAAAUUUGUCCUUGGGAGAUUCCCCACUGGAAGAGACCCCCUUCCUGUUCAGCAAUGUUUGAGAUAUUUUAAAUACUUUGUCCUUUAGUUAAAGGAAGGACCAUGUCAUAAGUUAUCUUUCAUUCCUCCUUGAAUUGGAACUGCAGUGUUGAAAACUAUGCAGAUGGGGAACAAAUGCAUGCUUUUCUGUUGCCUUCUCCCCACAUUGUUAGCACACACUUCAUACUCUGAAACUUAUCCAACUGAAAUGUUAACACUUCUUAUAUGUGAUUUAGUAAUUCAAUAUUCACUGAUGUAGGAGUUUAACUGGAUACUUUCCCACUUGAAAUCAGGAAGUUUCUAAUUAUAGUUUCUUAUGAUGCUGUGUGGAUUUGCCCAUGGCUUGUAUUUAUUUUUUUUAGGGGCAUGCAAAGGUUGUUUAUUAAAGACUUAGGUCCCAACUUUCUCCAGCAAUAGUAGUUUUAAAGGAUGCUUUUCCACUAGAAAAGUUUUGAUUGAUUGAGUAAAAAGAUAAUCUGUAGUGAAUUAUGCACUGCUGCUUUCUUUUCCCUCAAGCACUAUUCAAACAUGAAGAAAAAAUAUGUGGCUCCUUACAACAUAAAUGUAUGUGUGUAUGUCCUAAGGAAUGGUUAAGUUUGACAUAGUCAAGAUGUAUGGUCGUUUCAUUGAAAGCUAGUAAUUGUGAUUUAAUUGUGACUUGUUCACAAAUCUCUAUGUUUAGAUACAAAUAUUUACAUUUUUAUGUAUUUGAUCUGAUUUAGGUUUUUUCAUAGCUUUUUAUUGGAAAAUAUAUUUUAUUUAGCACUAUCUGCCUUCUGAAAAGCUCUUCUCAGCCAUUGAGUUCAGUGUUUCCAGUUGAAAUAUCUAGUAUUUUCUUAGAAAAAUGCACAAGAUUCAGGGAAAGAUGCUAAUGUCAAGAAAUGCCUUGGCUUUAAUGGUAGCAUUUGAAUUCAGCAAUAUAAACUCAGCCUUGUUAAGGAAGAUAGGAGCUUCCUACAUAAAUUCUAGAGCUCUGAUACUGUGUAUGUGCAUAAACAAUGAGAUUCAAAUUAGAUCUAUAGUCUAAUUAGCUUUGUUGGGUUUUUUAGAGAAAUUAUCACUAAUGGGGACAAACCAAUGAGCAGUUCCUCUGAACAAAAUCAGAUAGCCUAAACCAAACGAACUUACUUUUUAUGUGGGUUUAGCAAAGAUGAAUUCUAUAACUUCUCAUUUUUUUAUGCACAGCUUCCGGUUUCUUCAAAGGCAGAUUGGAUAAAAGUUUCUAAGAACUGAAAUAUUGGAAGCUGAUGGUGCGUAUUUGAACUGUUUGCUAAAUGCAGUCAUAUCCAAAGAUCUAUAGAAAUGAUAGGAAGGAGUAGUAUUUUGAGUUCUUCAGUCAUAUACAAUGGACAAAAGUCAUACUGUGUAGAGUAGCAGUGCUGUUACGAGAGUUUCUAUGGCCUGAUUAUCUUUAACCUGUUUCUAGCUGUCCAGGAGCUCCCACAAGAAGUUGGCAGAGCCUUACUUUGGUUUUGUAGUGUACCAGUAGUAACACAGUAUUGGUUUACUCUGCCCCUGGACACUCUCAAAAGGAAUUGGAAAAGAAACAGAGUUGACAUUGUAGUUACUAGGCAGACACUGUUGCCAUGAGCAAAGUUAUUCAUCUUAAACCCCUGGAGGUUUAUUCCGAGCUCUCUACGUGAAGCCAACAGACACUGGAACCAACCCAGUGUCACCCAGUCACCUCAGUUGCGAUUUAUGACAAGCCAGGAAAGUAGGUUUAGCACAUAAACUCUGUUAUGACAAGUUGCAUCAUAAAACCCUCAACUACAGUAUGGAAUUGGAAUAGUUCUGUUGUUUUGUGGGGUUUUUUUAAAAUGUGGCCUAUGUUACUUCACAACUUCUUUUCCUCAAUAUUUUAACUUUUUUGUAUAAAUCUAAAAUGAGCAGCUUGUCCAAGUGCUUGAUUCCUGUUAGCCGCACGCAGGGAUAACUGGUGUGGAUGAAGUUGCCAUGGGUCAUCACAGGAAAUUAGUGUGACCACUGCAAGUGAUUUUUGUAUUAUGUAAAACUACUGGCUUAAUGGGAUUUUGCCUAUUAGUUCUGAGAUUUCAAGUUUAUUAGUUUAGACUAUAGUUCCCCCAAUUAAUUUUAUUAUGUAAGCAUGUGUUUUGUGGCUAGCGUUAUGUCACUUUAAAAAAUAAAAAACUACAAAAAAUAACCAAGCUCAAACCUAAUCAAAGACAGUUUUAAAACCUACAGCUGCUGAGUUGUUCAGGAAAAUCGGAAGUCUCAGUUUUGUAGUUAGAGUUUUUAUCUGCUGUUAUUUAAUAAUACAAAGUUUAUAUGAAAGGUGCCUCACAGCUGUUAACUUAGAAGCAGCUAAUCUUUCCAAAUUAAACAAGAUUUGCAGAACGAUUGAAUAAAGUUAAAAAAAAUUAAGCGAUCAGUCUUGAUUUCAUAUAAAAUAUUUCAUUCUGUGCAUAAAUACUCCAUAUAAAUUGAAAUGCUGCUGGAUGUAUCUGAUUUUUGCUUGCAUUUCUAAUUGCUUCAUUUUGGUGUAUUUCUGAGACCCAUUUUGCCAUCUUUAGUCACUGAUAUGAUUUCCUAAAUGUUUUUGAAAACAAAGCUUAUUUUGAGACUUCUUGUUUUUAAAAAUAUUCUAAACAAAUCGGCCUUCUUUUUGCCAGGUUUUGGGGUUGCUUUGUACAGCAUAUCUUAACGGGAGGAAUGUGUGCAAUAUAUAUCACCUCAGUUUUGUCUGGCAACGUUAUGAAAAUGUUAAGAUGCAAUAUCUUCCUUUCACUUCAAGUUGGAAAAAUUGCUGUAUCUCUAAUUUGGUGGUGUAUUUAUUUUUAUCUGUUACGUCUAUGGGCAUAUGGUUAGUUAGGGGGUUUUUAUGUACAUUAUGUGCUUUUAGUAAUUUCUGAGUUUACCACUCUUGUGGAUGCACCAGUUGUACCCAUUUGCAUGUUCUUUCAGUAUGAAGACUAUGGGGAAGGGAGGCUUCAGGAAAGAUUUUUGGAAACCAGGAAUGAGAAUAAUUGGAAGUCAAUAAAUGUAGAUACUGCAUCAUUAACGUUUUUGGUAUGGUAUGAAUUUUAUAGCACCUAUGUAUGUUUGCAGUUAUUAAGUUAUUGCAUAAUGUUUAAGAAUGAGCAUUUUUCAUCCAAAAUUUUGUAUGUUUGCAAAUAUAUUUUUGUAAUAAAAUUUCAAAACAAAUGUUUCAGCACCUCCGAAAACCUUCCCAUGUUUCC